AUGGCUGCGACAGCCCUAUCACACGCCUCCGUGGACGACUUCAGGUCGCUCAGUCGACAGCCUGAGCGCGAUCCCGAUGUACAAGCCACACUAUCCGACUUCCUCACCUACACCGAGCACUUUCCCGCCCACUUGACCCGUGCCCUCACCUUGAUCCAGGAUCAGAGGGAGAAGGCGGAGCGGAACAUCAAGGCCGUCCACGAUGACACCACCGCCUACAGUAUCUUGCCCUCCAUCAAGCAUGACCGGCCAGACCCAGUGCAGCUCAGAAGGGACAUCAGCCAUGCCUUGCGAGAGGCGGAACAUGCCUGCCGAAUGUCGGCGGAAGAGGCCGUGAGACUGGACAAGGAGUGCCAGAGGGAGGCCAAGAGGCUCGACAUUGUCACUGAUAAGCUCGAGGCGCAGCCACUACCGCCAUCCAGGGACCCUACGCCCGAGCAGACUGGAUUGACUUCACCAAACUUGAAGCGUGAGCGGCGCAUGAGCACACGGGCAGAGGAGGCACACGCAGACAAGCAGCAUUCUUCGCGUGUUCCCGACAAGGCAGCAAGUAAGGCAGCAAGCAAACUACGGGGUCGGAAGGUUAUGGUGCCCGGCGAAGUCCUACCUCCGCCAGAUCCGAACGCUCCGCUCGACUUCAUCUCUGACUGGGACUCCCCACGUACCACACCACCACCGAUUGAGGAGUCAUUACUCCUCGCGCCAGGUGGUGAGCGAGAGAGGAACGAAAAGAAAGGAACGACCCCACGUCCUAGGUCUCACACUCCAAGACCUCCACGGACUGAAGAGGAGAUCGAACGUGACAGGAAGAACCCUAAGCCGCGAGGUCCACGCGCACCAGGCCAGCCAGGGACCAACGCCCAUUCAGCUGUUGCUGGUAUCAGCACGUCCAAUGCUUUGCUGGCGUUGACUGCGCCUCCACCAGAUGCCAGACCCGGCAGCAGAUGGCUUCCGUGGGCUAAACUUACCGAAUGGGAAAUGGCCAAGCUUCGAAAGCGUAUGAAGAAGAAUGCUAUCUGGGUCCCUUCCCAAACGAUGGUCCGACGCGAGCUCAAGAAUCUCGGACGGGGCAUCCAGGGCAAGGAAGCUGCCCGUGUCAACGCCGAGAGAGGCGGAGAUCCGUUUGUGGAUGAGGGUAACGAAGGUGAUCCGACCAAAGUUGUCAUUAGUGGUGAGGAAUCGGCUCAGAUGACCGCUAUGUUAGGUCCGCAAAUCUAUGCAGACGACGAAGACGCUGACGCCGAGCUUAUCAAUCGCGGCAUGAGACUCAACGAGGCCAAGAAGUUGAAGCGUCAACGACUGCUAGAGGAGCAAGCUCUCCAAGCCCAGAUCGCACGCGAGACAGGGGUGGAUCCGGCCACUGGCGGCAAACAUACCAGUCUUUCGCCAGAGGCCGACAAGAAGAAACGCAAGCGCGAAGGCUCACCCUCUGCUGGACCCCCAACUGAGGCUGGCGGCGAGAAUAAGCGACCCGCACUCAAGAAGAUCAAGAUAGCACCACCGAAGACUACCCAAGUGCCGCUCGCUCCCGCAGGCCCGUCUUCGUCGCCCAAGUCUCGCAAGCGUGCAAUUACGCCACCGGUCGGUCGCAAGACCACUAUCACCAUCAAGCCUAGCAAGGCAGUCUCAGAGGAGCCACCCAAUAGACGCUCAAGUUCGCGUCGUGUCAGCAACGCUAGCAUGCCUGGAGACUCCAAUGAUUCUGUUGAUUCGGUCGAAGCUGGACCGUCCACGACCAAGAGUGGUCGACGCAGCAGACGACCCGCACACAACGUGGUCAUUACGAGUCAUGAUGAUGAAGAUGCUAAGGUGGGCAUUUCCAAACGCAAAGCUGCUCCUAAGAAGAAGAAGAAGGAUUCAGUUGCGCCGCCAGACCAAGCUGGCUCUGCCCCUGCCAAUGAGACGGGCGAGGAGUACAUCGAUCCGCAGGAGCCUCGCUACUGCAUCUGUGGUGACGUGAGCUGGGGUACGAUGAUUGCUUGCGACAACGAUGACUGUGAGAAAGAAUGGUUUCACCUGGAUUGUGUGGACUUGACUGGCAUGCCGCCGCGUCGUACCAAGUGGUACUGCCCCGACUGUCGCAAAAAGCUCAAGCUGGGCACCGUGACCAAUGGACUUGUCGGUCGAAACUUAGGCCCCCAAGUCGCCGGCCGGUAG